CCUAAUCAUUGGAGAAAAUCUGAUAAGAGUGUAUAUUAUAACAAGGAUUUAAAUGGAAGUUUUCUUUCGCAUUAUAUAAUAGCGAUUUAAUUGCCCACUAUUCUGAAAUAUGAAGAAUUCAUAACAAUUUUUUUUUUUUUUACUAAAGGUACAUUUAUGUCUUUAUGUGACCUGGUAUUGAACAGCGGGUUAAGAAGAUUAAAAUCGGACGUAGAAUUAUCCAAUUUAUUCAAUAGAACAUUUAAUUGACCCCCAUAGUCUGUUCACAUAAAUAAGGACAAACCAACAUCUAAAUACACGUCAGAGGCAAUAUACAUCGAUAAGUAAAAACCUUUACACGCUGCAGUACAUACUUUUGACUAGAACUGAUCAUGCGCAAUGGAGUAUAGCAUUGCUGUAGAGGAUUUAAACAGAAGAGUAGAGAUGUUAAUCUGAGGGAUUUAAUUAUAUCAACCUCGGCUUUAUAAUCAUGAGGAUUACUGGGAGAAGAACGGUAGUUUAGAUAUGUGGAAUUCUGGUUUUGGAAUUAUAUGGAAAAUUCUUAUAUGUGUGGGUGUGUUGUUCGAGUGUUUGUCCUUUGUGAAAGGAGGAUGUGGCGGCUACAUUGAGUUGACUGCUGGAGAGACGCGGGAUAUCUCGUCCACAAGUACAUAUACUCCUUACGCUAACUGUAUAUGGGUAGUGAAAGCACCAGAUAAAUAUCUGGUAAAUAUAGUUCUCAACUUUAAAGGAGAGAAGUCUUCCAGCGGGUCCUGUGAGGAUUAUAUAGUUUUAACGGAUGGGUCUGAUUCUGCCAAUGAACUUCUGAACACUUGUGAUGACCAGACUAAUACUGAGCUGAAUGCUACCGCGCGAUGGAUGUACAUACAGUUCAAAGCUGAUGGUGCUGACACGACCACGGGCCUCACAGCCACGCUUACCACUGCGUACACAGGAACGGAUAUGAGUACAUUAACAGACCCAAUACCAAAGUGCAAGUCUCACCAGUUUGCGUGUUCGAACAAACGUUGUAUAACCUUGGCCUAUCGAUGUGAUGGGUUCGAUGACUGCGGGUGUUCCGUAGAUUGUGAUGAGCAACAAUGUGGGGGUAUUUCAUUGGAAAAGAGCGCCUACAUGGGUCUAGGAGCUGGCCUAGGUGUCGCUGUGUUUUUGGGUUGUUUUUUUGGCGUGUAUGCAUACGAAAAGCGACGGAAGCUGAAAGCCUUGCGAGAGGAGGAAGAGGAGCAAAUGGCGUCCAGGCGAAAGGGGAGGGCCAAGGACAACAACAAGGGCAAAGAUGAUAAAAAGGAUGACAAGAAAGUCGCAUGGCACAGUUAAUACACCGCCAUAUUGUCAGUCACGUGGUCAAGUUCGUCACAUGUAUUCCGGAUAUUUUAAAAAUAUUUCCUGUCGCGUCACAAUCAACGAUCCAGUUAUGCUUCGAUGUAUUUUUAGCAUGUGGUAAUCGCACAUCCGAUAUAUACAUUUAAAAAAAAAAACCAGUUUCAAUACAGCAUGGCUAUCAGAUUUCAAGUGAUGUUCAACUGAAGAUGUUGGACACAAUUUCUCAAACUGCACGAUAUUCAUGUUUGAACAAAUUGUAACUUAGAGAGGGAGCGAGUGAAAAUGAUCUUUGUGAAAGAUUUCAUGUUUGUGAUCGUGUGUUAUAAUGGUUGUAGGUAUUUAUAUAUAUUUACUUGAAAAGUAUGUACGUGGGUUUAUUGUCAACAAAGAUCGAAACGUGUACAAUGUCGGUUUUUUUUUCUAUCACGACCUUUAAACAAAUUCUAUGGUGUGUUGAUGCCAAAUUAUAUUUUGGUUUUGAAUCGCGCAAAAUGAAAAAGUCAUAAAGAAAUGUUAAAACUUUGUAUCCCAGCAUUAAGGAAGUGCGGCUGUAGAAUAUGUACUAUAGUUAUUUUCUCAUACCAAUGUUAACGCCAAUAUAAUAUUUUAAUGUCUGUUUUAAUUUUCAUCCACAUUGCGACUUUAUCCUAACAAGUUGAAUUAGAUAACGAUGUACUAUGUAUGUUUACUUUUUAUUAAACUUUACUCAAUACGAGGUACACCUCCAAGUUAUUGACAAUUGAGAUGUUACAUUUAAGUGAAUUAAAAACAGAAAUGAUACAAAU